AUGCCAUUAUUUACUCGUGAAUUUGUUUCAUGCCAUGCUAAACCUUCUGAAUCUCAUCUAUAUAAUGAUCCAGUUAUGCUUAUUUGUAGUCAUGUUUUUUGUCGUUCAUGUUGUUUAUAUUUAGCUGAAUCAAGCAAUGAUAAAUCUAUCAUGUGUCCAAUUUGUUCAACACGAAUUCCAUUUGAUAAUAUUAAUCGAUUUACAAAUAGUCUUAUUUCACAUGGUACAUUAGCAACUAUGGUUAAACAAUAUUUACGAGAAGAACAUAAACCUAAUCUUUGUUAUUCAUGUCAGAAUAAUUGUAUAGAUGAUAAUGAAAAAUUUUGUCAAAAAUGUGAAAUACAAUAUGAAAAUCUUAAGAGGAAAAUAGUAGAAACAAUGAAAACUUGUGAAGAAUUAUUAGAAAAUCAAAAAAAGAUUUCAUUCGAUAAAAUUCAUGAAGAAAUCAAUCAAUUAUAUGUUACAAUUGAUCAACGAACAUUAAAUUUUAAUGAAAAUAUUGAUAAAUAUCAAAAAGAACUCGAAAAUGUAUUAAUAAGGCAACAAAAAGCAAAUGAAAAUAAUGCAUCAAAACAUCAACCAAUUGAUAUUAAUACAGUAUCAAAAUUAGUUGAACCUCGAUUAAAUGCUUUAAAAAAUAAUAACAAUAUUCUUGAAAAUAUCAAGGUCGAAAAGGAAAUUAAACGUUUAAAUGAAGAAGCUGAUCGACAAUUACGAUUACUCAAACAUAAAGCAGAUAUAGUACCUAUACUUAGUCCUCCAAAAACAAAAUCAUCGAUUAAUAUAUUGGGUGAACUUCGUUUCAAAUCUAUGAAUUCUGAUUCGAAAAUAUCAGAUGCAUCAUCUGAUCAAUCAAUGAUUAAUUCUUAUGGUGAUACAUCAUUUCAAUCUAUUCCAACUAAAUUACCAAUGUGGACUGUACUUGUCAAAGCACUUCCGACUCAUUUAUGUGUUUAUCCACUUGGUAAAUCAACAUUAAUUUUUAGUUGUAGUUCAGAUGGUAUUAUAUCUCUUCUUAAUUAUAUUUCACCAGUUACUUAUGAUUCUCCACGAUAUAUUCGAUCGUUUAAUCUUUUUCCUGAACAAACACAUGUUUUUGUUCAAUCAUUUACUGUAUUUAGUCGCUUUAUGCUUGUACAUACUCGUGAAAAAGAUAAAAUUGAUUAUCUUUUUAUUUUUUCACAUGAAGGUAUUCUUGAAUAUGGACCUAUUCAAUUAUCUAAUCCUAUAGGUCAAUAUCUUGCUGAUGAAAAUCGUUUAUGGGCUAUUGAUACAAUUACACAAACUAUAUUUUUUCAUACACAACCAUUAUUAACAGAUGAAAUUUCAUUUAAACUUUCUAAACGUGAUAAUUUCAUAUCAUUUGAUGAUACAUCAGAAUUUAUACCAUUUCGUAUUGCAAUAAAUCAUCAAUUAUUAGCUAUACUUAGUAAAGAUUUACAACAAGUAUAUAUUUAUAAUAAAAUGUCACGUGAACGAAUAUUUGUUAGUCAUUUUACUGCUGGAAAUAGUAUGAAUAUAUGGGAUAUUGGAUUAUUUCCACGUGAUCAUAGUUUAUUACUUAAAUUUGAUUGGAAAUCGGAUGGAGUCAUAAAACAUUCUUUAUUUAUACAUUUUAAUACAAAAAAUCAAUCUGUUGGACGAAUUGAAGGUAAACAUUGUUUAGAUGUAGUUAUUGGACCGAAUAAAGAAAUACUCAUUGGUUUUAAUCUUCGAACAGGUAUUAUUAGAUGUUAUAUGUAA